AUGGCUUCCUUCGCUGUGAAAAAAGUCCUCAACGUCGCGCCCACUGUGCGCGCCCGCCCUUCUGGCGUCCCUUUGGCGCCUUUGGUCAACCUUACUACCAGGGCUCCCGCUGAUGGACAUGGGCAUGGUGAAACCGCCCGUUCUGACACUCCUCAGAAAUGGGCUGGCGGUAUUUCAAGGUCUUCGUCUGGUCUCAUCUCUAAGACUUUUUUCAACAUUCCACCCACUACCACUUUCCGACCGCGCCUCCUUCAUACCUCUGCCAUCGUCAAAGAUGCACCUGAAGUCCCUGAUUUCUCUCAGUACCGUGCACCCAAUACGGACAUGAACCGCGCCUUUUCUUAUUUCAUGGUCGGGUCCCUCGGUGUUCUCUCCGCAUCUGUUGCAAAGUCCAGUGUCUCCGAGUUCCUCGUCACAAUGUCUGCCUCCGCCGAUGUUCUUGCGCUCGCCAAAGUUGAGGUAGAGCUUGGCAACAUACCCGAGGGCAAGAACGUGAUCAUCAAGUGGCGUGGCAAGCCCGUAUUCAUCAGGCAUCGAACACAGGCAGAAAUUGAGGAGGCCAGAAGGGAAGACUGGAAGAGCUUUAGGGACCCCGAGAGCGACGAGAGCCGUGCGAAAAAGCCUGAAUGGCUGGUCAUGCUGGGCGUUUGCACUCAUCUAGGUUGUGUACCUAUCGGUGAAGCGGGUGAUUACGGAGGAUGGUUCUGCCCUUGCCAUGGUUCCCAUUAUGAUAUCUCUGGCCGUGCCCGUAAAGGCCCUGCCCCUCUCAACCUGGAAAUUCCCGCCUACGAAUUUAAUGAAGCGGAAGGCAAACUUGUUAUCGGAUAGAUGUGUUCAAUAGAUCAAAAGGCUGUAUUUAUUGCCUCCCGAACAUCUAUAUCCAAACGCUUAGCGUGAAUCUCUUGACAGAAGAUGAAAAAAUGUAAGGUUAAGUACCAUAACAAGAUCCUAUUGUUUUUUUUUGAGCGCUGAUACUUUGACUCUCCUCGAUCCUUCCUCGGUGGCCAGGCGAGGUCAAGAUUGCUCACAACGGGCCUUAUCGUGAUUACUUAGCGCUUAGGAAAAGAAUAAUAGAAGAUCAUUUUGCGUUAUCAUAGUGUCAUUCUUGAUGAAUCCAUGCCCAUCCAUCAGGAUAUACAAUACUGCCAAU